AAUGGCAGAGCGGCGAUGAUGCACCACCUUCUCAGUCAGCGACAAUGCGCCAGCCCGGACGCUCUCUGCGCCUCGAGUUCUUGUCCUCGACAGCCAUGCCGCGAUAAACUAUGGACCGCGCAUAUCUAGAUUCCGACGACGAGGACCUCUACACCGAGCCCACCCUCAUCCGUCAAGCCCGCCGUCCCACCGUCGACAGCAACGACAACAACAACAACAAUGUCCGCCGACAGUCCCUCUCGCCCUCGCCACGUUCCACCCACACUGCCACGACGGCUCACAGCACUGCCUCGACCACCCUCUCUGCCCUGGCCGCAACCCAAGCAAAGGACAGGCCUGCCUCGGCUCGUGCCCCGCAGCAGCAACACCAUGCCCGCCCCAAGAUGACCAUCCUGGACCUCGUCUCCGACUCCGUCACCUCGUCGGCCCUGCCCCAGCCCUUUGGCUUCUCCAUAUCGCGCAAGGGCCGCGUCGUCGCCAUCUUCAGCACCAAGAACAUAUGGCUGGUCCAGGCCCACCGCCUGCCGCGCAUCUUCAUGCGUACCCUCGGCGUCCGGCGCAAGCCCGUCGCCGUCGACGUCCUGGACGAUGGCACUCUACUGGCUGUGCUCACCACGCCGCACAAGGUCGAUCUAUACAGGCUGGAGGGCGGCGACACGCCGGGGCCGGAGAAGCUGAAGAGCGUUAUCCUGACCGUCGACGCCAGCACCAUCGCUCUCUCCCCAGAUGGGCGGGUCCUUGCCUGCGGUUACCACUACGGCAUUGAGCUCAUAUCGCUGGUCAAGAAAGCCACGGAUUCUGACCGGCGCUCUGUGAAUUGCGCCCCCAUGGACCACCUGUCGUUCUCGGACGACGGGCGCACGCUUCUGGCGACGACAUCGGCGCGCCUGCCGCGGCCGACGACCGUCUUCUCCGUGCACGGCGCGUUCGACGGGCCGUUUACGGAAGAGGGCGAGCUCAUCACCCAGGACGUCGACGUCGCUUGGACCAGGCAGAUCCUCUUUCCCGAAAAGGCAAUGACGGCAAAACAAGCAAUGCUGCUCCCGGACUCGACCACGGGCCAGGUCAACGAGCUUUUUGCUUUCGAUGCCGAGGAGGACUCGUGGGGGAUUUACGAUCUGGCUGGCACGCAUUUCGCAGAGACGAAGCUCAACCCACCCGACACGGGCCGUUAUAUGCGGGCCGAGCUGUUGGAAGACGCGCUUCCCACCGUGUCGCCGACGGCCGACCACGUCGCUAUAGCGAUCAAGCACCAGGGGAACAAUGCCAUUUGGCUGUACAGGUUGCCUGAUAGCUUCGAGUCUGACCAUCUGGCGUACACGAGCCCGGAGAAGCACACGAUGGAGCAGUCGCCUCUUUUGCCGUGCGCUUGUGUGUCUGUAGAGCGGGACGAAGAUAGUUCUUCUCAGGACAUUACAGCUCUUUGCUGGGUCGACGGCCCUGAAUCAGGGGCGGAGCGAUUGUUGGCUGCGGGCAACGUCGUCUCGAGCACGACGCCGGAUACCCCGAUCAUGCCGGGUGAUACUUCAAAGACCAGCGGUUUGUUGGUCGUCAUGGACUUUGAUUUUAGACAAAAGUCAGAUGCCUCAGAAGAGCCGGAAAAGAUGACUAUUAAUUUGGAUGAGACGCUGCCGGCGGAGGUGCUGCCGGAAGAAGAUAUUGACUUUGAUAGGGAGGUGGAGUUGGUAAGGACUAGAACGGUGGCCCAGAGGAGGGACGAGGCAAGUAGGGCUGUCGCGCGGAAUAGCUUGCUGCGUUCGUCUACUACCAACCAGCAGCACAACCAGCAGUCGAGCUCGAGGGACGCGCCGCGGAGUCCGAGCAGUCCGGAGGAUGACACGCAGAUACUGUUCGAGGAGCCAUACUCGCACGGCCAGCCUCGGUCGUACGCAUCUCUGAACCGCGCCGCGACGGUCGGAGCCGCAGCGCCGGUAAACCGCAGGCAUCUGCGCGCCCUGCCCAACGAGCCUCUGCCCUAUCGCCGCGCCGACGGCCUGCGCGAGAUCCCCCACGAAAGCGACGCCGACAACUGGGUGCCGCCGCCUCCCCCGUACACGGCCAAGGCGGACCAGGGCGUCAGCAUCAGCCUCACUGGCCCGCCUGCCGGCUUCAACCUCUCGGGUCAUCCCUCGCCCCCGGCGCAACAUUCGUCGCUGCCGCGCCUGCGGAUCCCGGUCGCGCCUCCCGUCACGGCGGCGACUAUCUUCCCGCACUCGGCGCCCGCGCAGCGCGACCCAGAGCCGCAGUUGGCCAUCCCAGGCCCGUCCGCGCCGAUGAUGAUGAUGCCGCAGCCACAACAGCAUCAACAACAACAACAGCCCCAACAGCAGCAGCAACCACAAGUCCGCACAGGCUCCUACAACCGCUUCUCCCACCCUCCCGGCCACGGCACCGCCCGCCCCGCCACCGCGCGCCACAACACCAACCCUGACCGGCCGUCGACGUCGCCCCCGCCCUCACAGCAGCACUUCUUCCAUCCGCAGGCCAUGUACAUCGCCUCUGCGCCCGUGCUGGCGCACCCCUUCGCGCAAGAGCCCUCGGCCUACGAGGCCGCGCAGGCAAUGCUCCCACACCUCCAGCAGCAGCAGCACGUCUCGGCGCCACCAGUAGUGCCCGGCCGCGCUUACGCGCACCACACGUACCCCUCCGCGUCGUUGUCGGCGCCGUCGGCGUCGUCCCGCUCCCGCCCCCAGCAGCGCUCUCCGCGCCCUUCGCUCCGGACCCGUAGGGAUAGCGUGCCCACGCCGCCGCCGCCGCCGCCGCCGCCACCGCCUCAUCCUCCGGCGCGCUCGUCGACGCUGGGGCUAGGGAGCUUGGGUGCGGGUAUGGGCAUGAGCAUGGGAGUGAACAGGCGCGCGGCGCAGAGCGCAGACGACUUGAGGCGGCCUCCUGGUGGGGGUGGGGGGAGGAAGCGGUGGCGGGAACGGCCGCGGAUGGGGCUGAGUCGGUUGGCUACUAUUCGGAGCGCGAAUAGUGGGAACGGAGUUGGGAGAGAGGGAAGGAGGAUGAGCGCGCCGGAUUUGUUGGAUUCCUGUGGUGGUGUGGGUGGGGGUGCGGGUGCGGGUGGGGGAGCGGUAGGUGAUCGAGGUGAGGAAGCGCAUAUACAUGUUCUUAACUACCUAUCUAUCUGGGAGGUAUUUUUAUUUCAUAUAUAUACGCAUACCUUCAUGCAUACAUGCAUGUAUAUUUGCUUGGGCGUGUGCACCGCCGGGUGUGUGUGUGUGUGGUUCGGUUGGGUAGUAUAGGUAGUGAAGUCAAGCGCACCCACCCACCGAUCCAGCCAGACA